GCAAUCUUGCGCUGCUGGAAUGAGUGGCGGAACCGCCAUCUCUACCCAAUUACCCCGCAGACGGCAUCCACGCUCGUCAAGCCCAGGGCACCUGCCUUCUUCCGCCCUGCGGUCUAUAAAGAAUUCGGACUGAUAGCACACACCAUCACCUCAGCAUAAUGGCCACCCAGGAACUGAGCAAAUGACAUCACUCGGCCAAGCCUUCAGGGGACUGUUUACUCUCAGAACGGGACGGCUUGACCAUCUUUCAUCCAACUGGCAGCCAUCUCGCCCGGUCGCUCGCGCCUACCACUACUAUCCCGGACCAUCCUCCGGCUCAUUGUGCAGUUCAACCUUGGCAUCAUCAUCCACCAUGGCCGGAACAGCCGGAAAACCCGGGUCAUCAACUGCUACCUCCACUCCUACUGGUGAUGAUGGUAUGAAUGCGGGACACGAGGAAACCCUUAGAUCUGGGACAAGCACGACAGAGAAGAAGAAGGAGAACGAGAAGAAGCUAAUCAACCUCCUCCGCGGCUGGCCGUCCCCAAAAAUGCUCCCCAUCGCCCAGCUGCGCGCGGCCGCGACCCGCGUCCUGUCCGACGCCGACCCGGCCGUCAGCGUCCCCGCCCUGCAGUACGGGCCCGAUCCGGGGUACCAGCCGCUGCGGGAGGAGCUUGCGCGGUGGCUUACCCGGCAGUAUUACCAGUACCAGUACCAGUCUCCCGAGGUCGUCGAGACGAGGAUGUUCAGCGCAGACGAGAUUGCCAUCACGGGAGGCGCGAGCCAGAGCUUGGCGUGCAUCCUCCAGUCCUUCUCGGACCCGGGCUACACGCGCGCCGUGUGGGCCGUAGCGCCGUGCUACUACCUGGCGUGUCCCAUCUUUGAGGACGCCGGGUUUGCGGGGCGGUUGAGGGCCGUGCCGGAGGAUGAGGGGGGGAUUGAUUUGAAGUUUUUGGAGAGGAGGUUGAGGGAGGUGGAUGAUGAGGCUGGGGAUGAGAGCGGUCUUAAGGAGACCCUCUUCAAACACCCCGCUCCCUACCGAAAAGUCUACCGGCACAUCAUCUACCUCGUCGCCACAUCGGCCAACCCCUCAGGCAAAACCCUCUCGCUGGCCCGGCGGGAGCAGCUGGUGCACCUCGCGCGAACGCACAACGCGCUGAUCAUAUCCGACGACGUCUACGAUAUGCUGCAAUGGCCGACCUCGGCACCGCGCUCACUUUCAGACACGCCUCCUCCCCUGCCCUUACUCUCGCAACUGGACCUCUCCUUCCCGCCAUCACGGCACGACCCGCCCGGGCUGCGCUUCUCGCACGCCGUCUCCAACAGCUCCUUCAGCAAGCUCGUCGGGCCUGGCACACGCACAGGCUGGAUCCAUGCCUCGCGCGACUUUGUGUUCGGCUUCUCCCAAACCGGGUCAAACCGCAGCGGCGGCGCAGCGAGCCAGCUCUCGGCCGCCAUGAUUUACCAGCUCAUGGUCGCCGGCGACCUGGACGCCCACCUUUCCGGGACGGUGAGACCUGCGCUGAGGCGCAGGCAUGGCUUGAUUGUCGACGCGGUUCAGAGAGAACUCGGUCCGCUUGGGGUCGAGGUAUGGGGGGCGAAUGGAACCGGCGGGGCGGGGACUGGUCCGGUAGUGGAAGGGGACGGGGUAUUUGGCGGGUAUUUCAUCUGGUUGACGUUGCCUGAGGGGAUGCCUGAUGCGGAAGAGAUUGCAGGGUGGGCGAAGGAGGAGAAUUUGAUUGUUGCGCCCGGCAGGCUCUUCGAGGUCAGCGGCGAUGAGGAGGCGGCGAGGUUUCCGAGGAACAUUAGGCUGUGCUUUUCGUGGGAAAAUGAGGAGGAUAUCCUGGAGGGCGUGAGGAGGCUGGGCGAGGUGAUGAGGAGAAAGCGAGAAGGUAGUGUUAGAGGUACAACAGGGGAAAAGGCCGGACGAUUUCAAAUAGGCGCCGAUGGGAUGCAAUAUAGUUAGAUGGCUCAGGCCGUAUAUAACAGCAAGCCCAUCUUUAAGCUGGCUUGCAAAACGCAAUUUGAUGAGUUUAGACUG